AUGACGCCAAACUAUCGCUGGUUUUGGCCGUUGAUGGCAGUGGCCGGCACGGCAACAGCGGCAGUUGUUGUCUACAAGUAUGCGACGAGAGGAGUGCGCAAUCACGGAGAUAGCGCGACACAGAUGCUCGUGGGGACGCAAGAUAGCGAAGAUGUGGAUUACGAGUGGCUGUCGGAAGCGGAAGACGACGUUGAGGAAGUGCAGCGGGGCGAACAGCAAUUGCAGUCAAUAGACCAGGGAAGAAAUAUGCUACUGGCCAUGUGCGGACUUAUGCUGAUGAUACUAGUGACUGUUGUGUCACUGGUGAUCACGUGGGACAGCGAGGACAAUGGCGUUUCCUUCAUGGAGCUGCCAAUGUUUCAGCCGCUUAUGUGGAUCGCUGUCGGUAUCUUUACAGCUGCUAGUAUGGAAAUUUUCACGCACUCAUCGAGAACUGAGCAUGAUAUUCCUGUUCUCGAGGAGAAAGCCGUGUUCCCGCACGAUGCGAGCGACUUCGAGCUUAUCCGACAGCAUGAUGAAAAGGAAAAUGUGCCUGGGGAUGUCGCGGCAGUUAUCAAGCGCGCCGAUGAAUUAUUUGAGCAAGGACAGCAUACUCAGACGCGGCAGUAUUUAAAAGCAGAGUUGCCAAAGUACCCUCCCAGCGCUGAAAUGUUGUGGCGCGUAGCUCGUGCUUGCAAUUACCUCGUUGAAGAGAAGAGUAAACUUGACGAAAAGAAGGCAUUAGCUUUUGAAGGAUUGGCCCAUGCAGAGAAGGCGUUUGCUCUGAAUAGCGACUCGGCUGCUUCCAAUAAGUGGAUGGCCAUCAUGACCAGCACGGUGGGGAACUUUCGUGAUCUAAAGGAGAAAAUCGCAGGAGCAUACGAUCACAUUCAACGGGCCAUCGAGCUGGACCCGACUGACGCCACGUCUCGCAACAUCCUUGGACAAUGGUGUUUGGCUUUUGCCGACAUGACUUGGAUCGAAAAACGCGCUGCAGCUGCACUCUUCGGCGCUCCACCUUCUGCUACGUAUGAGGAAGCUGUGGAGCACUUCCACGCAGCAGAAAACAUUAGUCCCGGGUUCUGGAAGAAGAAUGUGUUUUUCCUCGCACAGACCUACUUUAAAAUGAAGCGAACCGAGGAAGCCGCGAACUGGGUGAUAAAAGCCAAGGGGGUUUCAGUGAAAACGACAGAGGACGAGGAAGUAGAGAGGGACAUUGCAGCUCUGAUGAAGCAAUUGAAGUUGCAGUAA